AGCCGAGUCGGUAACGUCGCUGCGGUUUAGCUACAAAAAUCUGGCUUUGCAGUUCCCUUUUAGAAAGCUCCGUCGAGGGCAGUAUAGCAGCGCGGUUCUGGUUUCUGUGUGUAAAGGUUUACAUUAGUUUUGACUGAUAUUUCUGUUUUUAAUGGAGCUUCCUCGUCAUCAUGUUUAGCGCCUCUGGAUCAAAGAUGCUGAGCAGAGCAGAGAGCACCUGUCUAAUGGCUACAACUGGAGUUGUUGAAGGUUUGGCUCUGCUUGACUUGGGAGUCUCGCCGUACUCUGGAGACGUUUUCCAUGAGACUCCUCUCAUCAUUUACCUCUUUCACUUUCUGGUGGACUAUGCAGAGAUAACGUUUAUGUUAGCAGAUGUGAUCACCGCUGUGGCUCUCUACAUGACAGUGAAGGACUACAACAAACAAGUGCUCAGAAAGCAGAAAUAUGCCCUGGAGGCGGACCGCUACCCCCUCGACUGUCUGGAGCUCAUCAGAAGCCCUAAAGAAAUGUACUACAUCCCUCUGAAAGUCGCCAUGUUCUACCUGUUGAACCCGUUCACCAUCCUGUCCUGCGUCGCCAAGUCAACCUGCGGUUUGAACAACUCCGUCAUCGCCCUCUUCAUCCUCUGCACCAUUAAGGGAAAUGUGUUGCUGAGUGCCAUAUUUCUGACCUUGGCCACAUAUCAGUCCAUCUACCCCAUCACUCUGUGUGCUCCUGCGCUGCUCUACCUGAUGCAGCGUCAGUACAUCCCGGUGAACUUCCGACGGGUCAGCUUCUGGUGGUUCGUCGCGCAGUACGCCUUCAUGUACCUGGGCAGCCUGUUCGUCCUCGUCUGUCUGUCCUUCUUCCUGCUCGGCUCGUGGGACUACCUGCCCUCCGUCUACGGCUUCAUACUCUCGGUACCAGACCUGACCCCAAACAUCGGCCUCUUCUGGUACUUCUUCGCUGAGAUGUUUGAACACUUCCGCCUCUUCUUCCUCUGCGUUUUCCAGAUCAACGUCUUCUUCUACACCAUCCCUCUGUCCAUCAAACUCAAGGAGCAUCCAGUGUUUCUGAUCUUCAUGCAGUUGGCUGUGAUCUCCAUCUUUAAGUCUUACCCCACUGUGGGAGACAUCGCUCUCUACAUGGCCUUCCUUCCUGUCUGGAGUCACCUGCACAGAUUCUUGAGGAACAUCUUCCUGGUGUCCUGCGUCCUGCUGGCCUGUUCCGCUCUGUUCCCGGUUCUCUGGCACCUCUGGAUCUACGCCGGCAGCGCCAACUCAAACUUCUACUACGCCAUAACGCUGCUGUUCAACGUGGCACAGAUUCUGCUGGUGUCAGAUUAUUUCUACGCUUUCUUGAGGAGGGAACACCACCUCAGCUAUGGACUGUAUCUGAAGAGGAAAGACGGCUCCGAGGCCACACUAGUUCUUAAAUAAAACACACACACUCACACACACACACACACACUCACCACCAGGCUGGCAGCCUCCACCGGGAAAGGAAGAAGAUACUGGAGGUGUCACUUGUCCUCUCUGGGAACAAACACAAACUGAGGAGGACAGAAGCCGUUCAGAGCCAUCCUGGUCUUCAGACAGGACAUCAGAUAAAGUGCAUCAGGUACAAAGUCUCAACAUACUACAUGACAGACAGGUGUGCUGAUGGGAUGUCAAAACCUCCACCUCCUGCUGUGCGAAACAAACGGACAACAAAGAAACAUCUUCAUCCUCUUUUCGCUUUUCCUCCUCUCGAACGGUCUUAUUUUGAAGCCUCACUUUACCUGGAACUUGUGCCUGUUAGUGUGGAAUUUAUUUUGAAGCCUUCCUCCCCCCGACAGCCACUUCAGAAGAAUUGGAUUUCAUUUUAUUUUUUCUGGAAUGGAAUUUUGAAGGUUUUUUUCUCUUCAAACAUAAAACCAUGAGAAAAACUGUGGGAACCUUCCACUUAUUUAAUAAUUCCUGGUGAUUUGUGUUGUUUCAUGUUUAGCUGAUUACAUUUGAGUUAUUUUUUUUUUGGUGACAGGAAAAGGAAAAUUAUUUUGAAGGGCUUGCCCGGUUCCAUUUCUCUCUGUGUCCUCUCUGUGUUCUCAUUGCUUUUGCACUGUUUUUCAUCCUGUUUUCACACUGUCUGCUCUUAAAUGAACAAGUCAGCAGCGUUUGCAUCUCAAAUGAAAACCAGUGCUAACCUCACUGUGUUCUGUAAAACCUUAAUGUGUGGUAACAUUCCAACACUGAUCACUAAACCCCUGACACCAUAACCACCUGAGCGAGGCAACGGUGAAUGUGCCUAAACAACUGAAGUGCUUCAAUCCAGGAUCUGUGUGUCAAAAUCGCAAGCUUCAGUAUUUUUAUUCCCCACUUUUCCAAUCAAAGUUUGGGUCACUAACAGCUAAAGUUUCAUAUUUUUCUGCUUCUGCAUGCAUUAUUGAAGUCAAUAUAACAAUAUUAUUGUUAAAUCCAGAUUUAACAUCUAUAAAAUAUCAUUUCCUGUAUGUGCAUCUGCCAAAACUCUCCUGUAAAGGUUUAGUUCAACAUUUUGGAAACGACUUUUGAUUUCUUGCUGAGAGUUAUGCGAGAAGAUCGCUAUCACUCUCAUGUCUGUACAGCCAGCAGACUGUUAGCUUAGCUUAGCGAGUGGAUUCUCUGCUGAUUGGCUGUUGCCAGUCCCAGCCAGGAAAUCCAACACAUUAAUCAUUAGCAAGAUAAAUCUUGCUAAUUGGUGAAUCUAAAAGGUGCUUUCUUUGGACCACAGCCAGGCUAGCUGUUUCCCUCUGUUUUCAGUCUUUAUGCUAAGCUAAGCUAACCAGCAUAGCUUUUCCAAAAUGUCAGACUUCUUUAAUUUUAGGAUGUAAAUUUGUUUUUGUUCACCUCUAACAUGACACAAAUGCAAGUGUGAAUUUCCAAGUUGUUCUGACUUGAGGUUGCGUUCAUGUGAAUCUUCUCAGUCAGGAACUCAUUUUACAGAUUGUUCGAAGGCCAUGUGAAUGCACCAGUUAAUGUUUUCUUGUCUUUCCAUUUGAUUUUCUUUCUCCUUAAUCUGGAAACCAAGACUGCAUGAAGAAUUUCUGCAGUAAAAGCUACUGACACACACCGACUUAUAAAGCUUUCACAAAGGAUUUAAUUCACCCCCUUAAAUUUAAGCCUUAAUGAGCCUUAGAAGUGUUGGGACACGGACACUGAUUUUUUUUAACAUGAAUGUUAAUAAUUGGUUUCUCUUGGCUUCUCUGUGACAAUAAUGACAACAUAUUUCACACACAAAAGAGUUUCAACAUCAGCGUCUAAAUAUGUUGGAAAGAAUAACGACUUGACUUACUGUCCAGUACAGUCGGUACAGAUGUUUCCUACUCAUAAACUACUCAUCAAGCAGAAGGUCGACAGUCCCCAUUGUGAUACAGAAAUUUGUGAUAUUUAUUUAUGUGCCGCACUGAAAACUUUGAGAGAUUUACUUUGUUUUCUUCGUUUUUAUUUGAGAAAAAGUGGGAGCUCUUGUAUUCAUUUGAUACUGUAUAAAUGAAUGUUGUUUUUGUUUUAUUUUGUCAAAGCUAUUAAAAUGCAGGGUUUGAAGGGGCAAACGUUAUAUUUGACGAAUGAGGGAACGUGUUAUCAAUAAUGAUCAUUAAACCUGAGGUGUUGGUUUCA